AUGGACCCCGGCGCAACAGGCGAUUCACCAUCCCUCCCCUGGCGGGCAUGGUCCAACAUGACCAUGUGGGGUGUGGCCGGGUUAAGUCGCGCAUUCUUGUCAGGACUCUGUAAUGCAGAGAUUCACGGUGGUGAGGCCUUUACGGAACUGCUAGACUCGCGACGGGAUCCGUCGCAAAGAACUAAAGGAUUGAUUACUGUCUCAAAUCAUAUCAGCGUUAUGGACGAUCCAUUGGUAUGGGGAAUGCUGCCGGCUCGGUUUUGGAACAAGCGAUGGUCAUUUGGUAGUCAUGAUAUCUGUUACCAAAGCAGACCGCUAUCAUUCUUUUUUACCAUGGGACAAGUUCUCCCAACACAUCGUCUUGCCCACUCACAAUUUGGUGGACUUGGACAACCAGCCAUAACCCAGGCUAUUCGAUUGCUAUCAAAGGGCCCCUUCCGUGUCGAUCACCACCGCGCCCCCGAAGAGCGCCAGCAUUACAGCCUCCAAAAUGUCUGCGUCGACCCUUUCUCCGACCUAUCUGUCGCAUAUACCACCAAUGGCGAGGAUGCGCACUUGGCACCCUCAGCAUACGCAUGUAAUUCAUACUCAUGGGUUCAUAUCUUCCCCGAAGGUAAGAUUCACCAGGCUCCUCGCAAGACGAUGCGCUACUUCAAAUGGGGAAUUGCACGCCUUAUUCUCGAAGCAAAUGAAUGCCCGGAUGUGGUCCCGAUGUGGAUCGAGGGCUUCGACGACGUCAUGCAUGAGAGCCGUGAAUUCCCUCGAUUCCUUCCUCGAGCCGGCAAAAAUAUCAACGUCACUUUCGGGUCAAAAGUUGACUCCGAGGCGGUCUUUGGAGGCAUGCGAUCGCGGUGGCAGAAACUAAAGGCCAAGGUCGAGGCAGCGGAUGCCCAAUCGCGAGACCUGCCUGUUGGCGUUCUGAGCAACGAACUGCUAAACAGCAAAGAAGCGGUAGAGCUACGCAAGGAAGUGACUAUGAAGAUCCGCAACUUAGUCCUGGACGUGCGGAGAACCCGUGGUUUGCCGGACGAAGAUCCAAAAGAAGGUCUUGUAGAGACCUGGCUCGAGGAGGGCCCCAAGCGUGAAGGGCAUAUGAAAGAUGAUUCAUGGGUUCGAGACAUUUGA